CAAAUUUCUAUAAAAAGAAAAUUUUUAUCAAAUUUAAAAAAAUAAUUGCUCGAAUUCACACGAUGGAAAUUGAAGAUAUUGAUAACUUACGAGAUUUUGUGACGAUUUAUAAGAAACAUUAUCUUGGAAAGAGAGGUAAAAGGACGACAAUGCACAAAUUAUUACCAAAAUAUUUGCCAUCCUCGAACAUUUUGAAUAGACCGUACAAACAAUAUUUGCACACACGACUGGAAAAUCGGUUACUAUCUGAGAACGAACGAAGCGAAGAUCCAGUCGACAAUUUAAACAGAAUACGAGACAAAUUUCCCCACUUAAGAAAUGCUUUACCGAAGAUCGUGCCAGAUGAGAUCGUGAUAAAAAACAACAAGGAGAAAUCUAUGAAAACUAUAUAUCAACAGGAUUAUUCAAAGGAAUUUCAAAAGGGUCAUUCAUUGCUUAUAAUCAUUAUAUCUAUAAUAUACGUGUAAACGUAUAUGAAUACACGCACGCACACACGUACGUUACAAACAGAUAAAAGGACCAUUACUGGGAAACGGUGGCAGAUAAGAUGCUACAAAUAUGUGGCAAAAUAUCACAUAACUAUUUUGUUUUCUCUUGAUAAAACCUACAAAUAGUUUGGAAGCGUUU